AUGGCCGGGACGUGGCUGCUGCUUCUCUUGGCCCUCGGGUGUCCGGCCCUGCCCACAGGUGUGGGCGGCACACCCUUCCCUUCUCUGGCCCCACCAAUCACACUGCUGGUGGAUGGGAAGCAGCAGAUGCUGGUGAUCUGCCUGGUUCUUGAUGUUGCACCCCCCGGCCUUGAGAGCCCCAUCUGGUUCUCAGCCGGCAAUGGCAGUGCACUGGAUGCCUUCAUCUAUGGCCCUUCCCCAGCUGCAGACGGCACCUGGACUAGCUUGGCUCAGCUAUCCCUGACCUCUGAGGAGCUGGCAGCCUGGGAAACCUUGGUCUGCCACACUGGACCCAGGGCUGGGGACCAUAGCCAGAGCACACAGCCCCUACAGCUGUCAGGAGAGCCGUCCUCUGCUAGGACCUGCCUCUGGGGACCUCUUCGGGGGACGCCGGGCCAGGCGCUGCGGCUGGGGGCGCUGCGGCUGCUGCUCUUCAAGCUGCUGCUGUUUGACGUGCUCCUGACCUGCAGCCGCCUCCGCGCCCCGCCCGCCGCGCGGGGGGACCCGGCCGCGGAGACCCGGCCGCUGGACGCCAGGCUCCCUGCGCCGGCCACGGGCCCGCAGCCUCGGCCGGUAGGAGAGCCGUCCGCCGCUACCGACUGCAGUCGCCGCAGUGAGAGGCCAAGGGCUCGGACGGUCUGCCCCGCCGGUAUUGCAGCCCCGGGCCGGCCGCGGGGUUCACACCCGCCCUCCGGGUCCCGAUCCCAGAGGGAGCCCAGUCUGGGAGGAGGGGACGCCCUCUACCCACCCAGCUUGGGCCCGGGGCUCAGGACCCGCCCUCAGUAUCCCGGCCUCCAGCCUUGGAGGAUGUGUCUGUGA